UGCGCGCGCCUGUGCGCGUGCGUGUGUCUUCCUAGAGGAGAAGACUCACUCAGCGCGCGCGAGAGAGAGAGACAGAGAGAUCCACCCACCGCUGCAGUGUAAACACCCCGCGCUCGUGCCAUGCCACUGCCCACCGGAGCACGCGACGCGAGCACGGGCACCACGGGAUCAGCGCGAGCGCGGCCGCGGCGCGUAUAAGGCCGAGGAGGAGGAGAAAGAACAGGAGGAUGGAGGGAGGAGGAUCAGACAGAUAGAAGCUCUUCUGGACCGGAGAUGGGUCCGCUGGUUCCGCUGGUUCUGAUGGAACUGACCCACGCCCGCAGAUAAAGCCUCGAGUCCUCCGCACGCGCGCCAUGGAGAAGACGCUGCACGCGGGCCUGGAUAAGGCGAGCUGGGCGCGCAGGACGGGUCGGUCCGCGCAGGGUUCUGCCCCGGGAUCCGGGUCCAGCUCCGGCUCCGGUUCCGGCUGCGGUUCUCCGAGCCAGGGCUCGAUGGGGAGGCGCAGUAAAGCCCAGCUGGAGGGAGUUCUGAGCAAAUACACCAACCUGCUGCAGGGCUGGCAGAACAGGUACUUUGUGUUGGAUCCAGAGCUAAGUCAGCUGCAGUAUUUUGUGAGUGAACAGGGGCGGAGUCAAAAGCCUCGUGGCAGCCUUCCUUUGAUUGGUGCAUCGGUUACCCCAAGUGACGAGGCUCCCCACAUGUUCAUCGUCAGCUCGGCCAAUGGGGAGCUUUUCAAACUCAGAGCGGGUGAUGGUAAAGAGCAGCAAAUGUGGAUCUCUCAGCUUCAGGCCUGCGCCAGACGCCUCUCAGACUCCAGUGCCAAGGUAAAGAAACUGAAGGACUCUGAUGAACAUCUGUGUGUGGAUCGGUCCACCAGUAACCUGGACACACAGGGGCGAGUGUGUAGUUUCUCUCUUCUCUCCUCUUCUUCGUCUCCUGGAGUUCAGAGACACCAUUCUGCUGCUCCGAGUAACAUCAUCACCAUCACCCACACCCACCACAAAUCCCCCGCCGCCGCCCGCCGCAGCAAAGCCCCCUACCCACACACACUGCUGGAGGUUAAAGAGGUGAUGUCCCAGGCCGAGGCCCGUCAGAAGACCCUGGUGCAGUCUAUAGACGGUUUACCCCGCAGAGGCUCGGUGUCCUGUCUGGAUCAGGACCUCCUGCUGCUCAAAGCCACUUCAGCCGCCACCCUCAGCUGCCUGGGGGAGUGCCUGAGCAUACUGCAGCACAGCCACGCCCACAGCCACGCCCAUAACUCCACCUCUGAUGGAUCUCACGUGUGGACCGUCCCCAAGACGCCGUCGGUGGAGUGCGUGAGGAACGGGGGCGUGGCCCCCCUGCUCUCAGCAGAGCCCUCGCCGUCACUCAGGAACACAGGCCCCGCCCCCUGCGCUGAGCAGGCAGGUGUAGAACUGGUCUCUCCCAGUGAGGAGGUGAUGGAUACGGAGGAGAACGUGGAGGAGGAGCUGGGGGUUCUGGAUGAUCAGAGGAGCGUCAUCCUCCACCUACUGUCCCAACUCAAACUGGGCAUGGACCUCACACGGGUGGUUCUGCCCACGUUUAUCCUGGAGAAGCGCUCUCUGCUGGAGAUGUACGCUAACUUCAUGGCUCACCCGGACCUGUUCCUGGCGGUGUCGAUGGGGGCGUCGCCGGAGGAGCGCAUGGUGCGGUUCGUGGAGUACUACCUGACCUCCUUCCACGAGGGACGGAAAGGAGCCGUGGCCAAGAAGCCGUAUAACCCCAUCCUGGGGGAGACGUUCCACUGUUCCUGGGAGGUUCCCCGGGACCGAGUCCGACCCCUCAGGACUCAAACGCAGGACUCCAGCCCGGGGACGGAUCCAGGGGAGGCGGCGGGGGCGGGGUCAGGGAAUUACCGGGUCCGGUUCGUGGCUGAACAGGUUUCCCAUCAUCCUCCUGUGUCGGCGUUUUACUGCGAGUGCCGGGAGAGGGCCAUGUGUGUGAACGUUCACAUCUGGACCAAGAGCAAGUUCAUGGGCAUGUCUGUGGGCGUGUCCAUGGUGGGGGAAGGUGUGCUGAGUCUCCUGGAUCAUGAUGAAGAGUACGUCUUCACCCUGCCCUCAGCCUACGCCCGCUCCAUCCUCACCGUCCCCUGGGUGGAGCUCGGGGGGAAAAUCUCCAUCAGCUGUGUGAAGAGUGGAUACUCCGCCACCGUCACCUUCCACACCAAACCUUUCUACGGAGGAAAAGUUCACAGGGUAACGGCGGAGGUGAAGCAGAACUCCAGUGGUACUAUAGUGUGUAAGGCUCAGGGCGAGUGGAACGGGACGCUGGAGUUCAGCUACAGCAGCGCCGAAACCAAAGUUAUCGAGACGUCCAAACUUCCUGUAAUUAAGAAGCUGAUCCGUCCUGUAGAGAAACAGAGCCGCACCGAGUCCAGGCGUCUGUGGCAGCAUGUAACCCGAGCGCUGAAAGAGGGGAAUAUAGACGAAGCGACGGAACACAAACACCAGCUGGAGGAAGGACAGCGAGAGGAGGAGAAACAGAGAACCACCAGCAGCUCCCCCUGCUGGACCCCCAAACACUUCACCAAACAGGGCGACGGCUGGGUCUACAAUAACCCUUUAUGGAAGACACACUGACCUGUCCUCUGGACUCUGACUCUAAAAGCUGGACUCUCAGAUCCACACUGUCCUCAGUCUCAGGUCCAGGAGGACGGAGGGACGCAGGACGGAUGUGGACAGUCAGGACCAAACAGUAGAACCAGGCAGAAGAUCUGCUGUGGAUCAUUAUAUCAUUAUAUAUCUGCUGCCUGUUAAUGUGGAGAUCAGGACCCUAAACUCUUACUGUACAGAUAUAGAACUACGUUAUAGUUAUAGGCUAAUUUUAUAUACCAGUAUUAUAUAUUAAACAGUGUAUACGAUAUGUAGAAUAUCUCUAUUUUUCACCCGAGCCUUCAGUUUGCAUUCACACCUACCCGUUCAUACUGUCUCUGCAGUGCUUUUCCACGUGGUGAUCUUUUUUUUUAUUCGUCAGGACAUGGAGAUCUAGAUGUUCUAGAUGUUUUACCACAAAAAAAUCACGUUAACAUCCUGGAAAUGUUAAUUUUGUAAGGGUUUAAAUGAGAAUUCUGCUGUUUUUUGUUCAUAAUUCUCUGCAUAAUUCAGUGUUCUCAUAUAAUUCAAUAUUAUUUCGAUAUAUAUUUUUUCUCAUACCAAAUAAAUGAUAGAAUUUACUGUAGCAUCAUUACAUGAACAGUACAGUGUUUAUUAGAUUGUCUGCAGGAGAAACAUAUUUAUGUAUUUAUGUUUAUUCUGUCACAUUGCACUCUUGUUCACAUCGAGGCCUCACUUUCACAUUAAUCACAUUAAUCACAAUGUACUGAUAGUUAUUGAUAUAUUAAAACUUUAUAUUUAAUAAUACUUCUUCCUGGUGCAUAAUCUAAAAACAAGUGGAAUUUAAGAAAUAUUUUAUAAGUCAUUUAGCCCACUUAACUAAGUGUCUUAGCAGACAAAAAUGGAUGAUCACAAUCAUUUUUUGCACCAGGAGUAAAGCAGCAUAAAGUUAUCCAAAAGCAGUGUGUAAGACUGGUGGAGGAGAACAUGAUGCCAAGAUGCAUGAAAUUAUAACUGUGAUUAAAAACCAGAAUUAUUCCACCAAAUAUUGAUUUCUGAACUCUUAAAACUUUAUGAAUAUGAACUUGUUUUCUUUCCAUUAUUUUAAGUAUCUAAGCUCUGUAUCUUUUUGUUAUUUCAGCCAUUUCUCAUUUUCUGCAAAUAAAUAUAGAAUAAAACAACAAUGUCCAUUUUACUCAAACAUAAACCUAUAAAUAGUGAAAUCAUAUAUAUAUAUAU